AUGGCCAUGUCCAACAAGAUGUUGCUCGGCUGCUCUAGAGCCAUCGCUGGAGUCCGAUACUCCUCAUCCGCCCCGAAAGUCGCUCUCCUCGGCGCCAGCGGCGGUAUUGGCCAGCCAUUGGGUCUGCUGUUGAAGAACAACCGCGCUGUCGCUCAGCUCUCCUUGUAUGAUGUGGUGAACACCCCCGGAGUCGCCGCCGAUCUUUCGCACAUCGACUCGCCCGCUCAAGUCACCGCUCACACUGGACCUCAGGAACUACACAGAGCUUUGGAGGUGAGAGAUUUUUGUUUUUGGAUUGAUUUUUAGGAACCAGAAGAAGAAGAGAAAAUACUGGUCUUAAAUUUUAAAUCUUUAAGAUUAUGGCUCUGACUGUUGCCACAGAAAGUAACAAAGUUAUUUUCAGGGAGCUGACAUCAUUGUCAUCCCAGCCGGAGUCCCCCGAAAACCGGGAAUGACCAGAGACGACCUCUUCAACACCAACGCCGGCAUUGUCCGCGAUUUGGCCGAAGCCGCCGCCAAGGCCGCCCCACAGGCCUUCAUCGCCAUCAUCACGAACCCGGUCAACUCCACCGUCCCCAUCGUCUCCGAGGUCUACAAGAACAACAACGUCUACGAUCCUCGCCGAAUCUUCGGAGUCACCACCCUUGAUGUUGUUCGGGCCCAGACCUUUGUUGCGGAGAAGAAGAACCUUGAUGUGAACUCCACAGUCGUCCCAGUUGUCGGAGGUCACGCCGGGAUCACUAUUAUCCCACUGCUCAGCCAAGUCAAGCCAGCUGCCAAAUUCAGCGACGAAGAGAUCAAGGCGUUGACUGAGAGAAUUCAAGAGGCCGGAACUGAGGUCGUCAAGGCUAAGGCUGGAACUGUAGGUUGAUUUGAGAUUUAUUUUUGUUAUUGGUUUAGGAAGGUGAUCCUCGGUCUUGCCUAGUGCAAUAUAAUUUUUCGGCGAGAUGGUAAAUAAGAUCCCGUUUUCAGGGCUCUGCCACCCUCUCCAUGGCCUACGCCGGAGCUCGUUUCGUCAACUCCCUGAUCAAGGGCCUUCGCGGCGAAAAGGUUGUGGAAUGCGCCUAUGUGAAGUCGGAUGCCGUCAAGGGAGCGGAAUACUUCUCGACCCCAUUGGAACUCGGCCCAAAGGGAGUGGAGAAGAUCCUCGGUGUUGGUCAAGUCUCCGCCUACGAACAACAACUCAUCGACGCGUCGGUGCCAGAGCUCGCGAAGAACGUCGCCAAGGGCGUCAAGUUCAUCAAGGGAUAA